CAGGAAAUGUGUAUUUAAUUAAUAUAGCACUUGUUAUUUUGUUCCUGUCUUGAUCUAUGUUUUAAUACAAGAGUUUGGAAUCCACUCAUGGAAUUGACUAAAUCAAUUCCCAUCACUUGAAUCUAAAUUUGUUAUAAUUUGAGUUUACUCCAGAAUCACGUUUUAUGGAUAUUAUGGAUGCAUGUGGGUUUUCCUAUCCGUUAUGAAAGAAGCUCUGAGCUAAAGUGCAGCGCAGAACCUGCACAGGAGUAAUCUGCAUGCACUCCACAACGAUCACAUCAACAAGUGGAUCAAACAGACUUGAAUCUCAGUACUGAGUAGAGCUGUGUAAAGUCAGUGACAGAAUUAUAUAAAUGCGUUCUCACCCUGAAACCGGUGAGAGACUCGUAUAUCAGUCUGCUGCAUCGCCAUUCACAGCCGAAAUUUAUCAAGUGAGCCUUUUUAUUUUUUUGUGGAGGCUGACUUUUUUUUUUUACAUUAAGCAUUUCUGCUUAGCCACCCAUGAAAGAGCAGAAUAAGGUAGGGAACAAGGAGUGGUGGAGUGAGCGAUAUGAUAGAGAGAGAGGCUAAAAGGGAUGGAGAAAGUGGGUAACAGCUGUUUUGGGUUCAUUAGCAUAAUGUUUUUGUGUACUGGGGCUGUGUACGCGAGUGUCUGUGUAUGUGCAUGAGUGUGUGUAUGUGCAGAGCAAAGAGCUGUAACCACGAGUGCCUGGAAGAACGUUAGAGCUCAAAAACACAAACAAUCGAGCACCUGUGUCUCUGAGCUGCUGCUUCUGCUGCUGCUAUGUCGCAGGGCAGAAGAGGGGGCUUAAUCUACUCCCCCAGUGCCAGUCUGAGGGGAAUAAAAGGAAAGGAUGCCUCUAGCAUUUCAAUCAGCUAUGGGGAUUUUUUUUUUCUUUUCCAUACGCUUGAAAUGCAUAUACUCAAGCACCUCACUCUGGCUCUGUAAAAUGAGCCUGCACUCAUCUGUGCUCAGAGCAUGCAGACGCCACACACUGCAACCCUGAGAGCAAGAUAUUGGCCUCUGCAGUUAGACAGUGCUGCAGAGGUGGACCAGAGCAGGGGAACAAAUUUAAGAAGAUGCCAGGUUUACAAAGUAACUCAGAGGCAGCCUCACAUGAUCGGGCUAUGAUUGAGGCUCUGGAGCAGUUCUGUAACUCUACAGAGCAGUCCUAUGAGGAGUUCCUCUCCACCUUCACACAGUUGACCACAGAGAAUGUGAUAAGGGGCCUUUUGAAUGUCAAUAGAGGAGAUAGCAGCAGCUGUCUUGGACAGAUGAACAGAAGAGAUGGAGAGAGCACAGACAGAAGGCUGGAUGGGGUGGAUGAGAGCGAAUCUUCACCCAGAGGACAGCAGAGUCAGCGUGCACUCACUGCAGAUCUGGAAGAGUUUGUUUUGGAGGGAAGUAUCACUGUAGGAAGACUUGGCAACGGAGAAACACUUCCUUCACAUCAACCAGUAAAGUUUGAUAACUACCUGGAUGACAUGGAGCCAGAAGAGGAUCCUGUGAAUGCUGACCCAGAUGUGUGUGUGCUUCCUGGAGAGGUUGAGGAGGAUUUGCCAGCCUAUACACCCUCUUUCUGUCACUGCACGCUGCUGGAAAUCUCUUCCACUGCCACGGACCACAGGACACACAGUCCCCAGACCAUUGCUACUCAGUGCCAGAAUCAAACUGAAGAAGUUGUUCCUUUCGCUCUGGAUGACACCUUUGAUUAUGACAGUGUAGUGCUCUCUCAAAAACAGCCCAUUCAGAACAGCUUUCGUGGAACCUCUUGACCUGUAAAUGACCACGUUUGAGAACAACAGAAGACGAACGACGUGCAAAAUGGAGCAGCUCUGUAUGUGCCAAAUAAACAGCCCAUUAAAAAGGGCUAGAGACAUUAUGCUAUUUACAAUCCAUGGUAGAAAAGAACACAUAGUGCUCUGUUAUUUUUGAGCAUCCACUGAACUGUGGUGUGUUUUUCCUCCUUUUUUUUUCUUUUUCAAAGACUGUACCCAGCAACUAUUCAGCCCGUAAACAGCAGUAAUGGCGGUUUGAUGUUGCGCUGCUCUAAUCGGUGUGUUAGCACGGGGCAUUUUCACCAAAAACCCAUCCGUGCAUAAAGAGGCCCAUAGCGCUGCAGCCAGCUUGGGUUCAAAGUCGGCGUUUCUUUUCCUGCACGCGAGUAACUGUGGCGUGCCGCCUUUUCUGUGCGUCCCACUGAGUACACUCUUGGGAGAGCAAUUAAGUUCUUGUCGUUACAAGCUGCAUCGCGCUGUGCUUUAUUCACCGGAACAAAAAAGCUUUGAAACUUUUUUUUGUUUCCUCUUUGUAAGCAUCUGAAAACCUAAAUAAAAGCCUCGUAUUUUUGUUUCUGA